GUUGGAAAGGAGCUGAUGAUUCCAGGCGGCGCUAAGGUGAUUGACGCCUCCGGAAAGCUGGUGUUGCCGGGCGGAAUAGACACCAGUGUGCAUCUGCAGGAGACUUUCAUGAACGCCAGCAUUCAGGACGACUUCUACAGCGGCACCAAGGCGGCUCUGAUGGGUGGUACCACCAUGGUGAUGGGUCUGGUCCUGCCUGAACAACACUGCUCCCUGCUGGACGCCUACGAGAAGUGCAGAGCUCAGGCCGACGCCAAGGCGUGCUGCGACUACGCUCUGCAUGUCGGGGUGACUUGGUGGGGACCAAAGGUGCGUAACGAGAUGGAGACCCUGGUGAGAGAGCAUGGAGUGAACUCAUUCCAGAUGUUCAUGGCCUACAAAGACAUGAUGAUGCUGAGGGACUGCGAGCUCUACCAGACGCUGCAGACCUGUAAGGACAUUGGCGCCAUCGCACGCGUCCACGCUGAGAACGGAGAGCUGGUGGCAGAGAGUGCCAAAGAGGCUCUGGAUUUGGGCAUCAGUGGACCGGAGGGUAUUGAGAUCAGUCGACCAGAGGAGCUGGAGUCUGAGGCGACUCACAGAGCUGUCACCAUCGCCAAUAGGGCUCGCUGCCCGAUCUACCUGGUGAAUGUGUCCAGUAUGUCUGCUGGAGAUAUGAUUGCUGCUGCUAAGAUGCAAGGUAAGGUGGUCCACGCAGAGACCACAGUAGCUCACGCAGUGUUGAAUGGGAUGCAGUAUUACCACCAGGACUGGGCUCAUGCUGCCGCCCAUGUUAUCAUCCCUCCUCUCCGCCUCGACCCCAACACACCCAGCUACCUCAUGGGCCUGCUGGGCAAUGAUACUCUGAGUGUUGUGGCAUCAGAGCACCGUCCGUUUACCAUCAAGCAGAGAGCUUUGGGCAAGGAGGACUUCACAAAGAUCCCUCAUGGAGUAGCUGGAGUCCAGGACCGGAUGAGUGUCAUUUGGGAGAGGGGAGUGGUUACAGGAAAAAUGGAUGAGAAUCGUUUUGUGGCUGUGACGAGCUCUAACGCUGCAAAGAUCUACAACCUGUACCCACGCAAGGGUCGUAUCAUCCCCGGGGCUGACGCUGAUGUGGUGGUCUGGGACCCAGACGCAGCGAGGACGAUCUCUGUGAGCACUCAGGUGCAGGGCGGAGACUUCAACCUGUACGAGGGGCUGCGCUGCCACGGUGUUCCCCUGGUCACCAUCAGCCGAGGACGUUUGGUGUGUGAGAACGGCGUGUUCAUGUGUGCCGAGGGCUCCGGAAAGUUCUACCCACAGCGCACUUUCCCUGACUACCUCUACAAGAAGAUGGUGCAGAGAGAAAAGACUCAGGCCUACAAAGGGGUUGUCAGGGAUCCCUACUCUGGUGAUGUGGCCAAGGUGGCCAACACUAUGAAGAAGGAGCUCGGUUUGGGCCCCAUAGACGGAGAGGCCAACAAAGGAGGCUCUGGUGUUCGGGUGCACCAGGGAGUCCGAGACCUCCAUGAGUCCUCCUUUAGCCUUUCGGGAUCUCAGGUUGAUGACCACAUCCCGAAGAGGUCCUCUGCUCGGAUCCUGGCCCCCCCUGGCGGUCGCUCCAGUGGUAUCUGGUAAUCACUGGUGCAGGAGCUUCAACCGUCCGACCCUCCUUGUUUUGUAUAUUUCUGAGCAACCAGGAAAACUGCACUGAUUUUUAAUCACAGGAUUAAAGUUAAGAAGGGAAAAAUAAUUCAAGCACUUGUCUGUUAUUGGUGAAGACCUAGCUGAUGAUCAGUGAUCUGCCAAAGUGACUUUUACAAAUAUAAUUUGUGUCUUAAUUGGAGUGACUGACCUGAUUAAUUUAAACGAGAGUAAAGGGCUAUCUGUGAAUUUAAAAUGUUUUGCCAAAUUCAAGCUGAUCAUACUAACAUUCACAAAGCCUUCUCAUUAUCACCCUGCUCCUAUCCCGUGUGCAAACUAAGUGCAAACUAAACAAACUGUGAAAGAUCAAAACCAGUACAGUUUUUGAUGGUUUAAACUGAAGUGACGUCGACUGAAUUAUUUAAAAAAAACUGGAUUCAGUGAAAAAUCUAUUAUACCCCUGUCACACACACACAAACAUACGGUACACUGUAGACACCAUAGCUUUAGACUCAUUUGAAGAUCUGUGUGGAUUCUGUUUGUGAUUAAAGACCCACUGUGCUCGGCUUCCUGCAGCACUGUGGGUUCCUCUAACAGUGUUUUUAUUUCCAAUGGACGAACUGUGCUGUGUGGUGGUGAAAUCCAACUGCUUCGAACACCGUGUGAUCUUACAACUACACUCUGUAGAUAGAGUCAGACUUGACCCUAUCCAUCCUUAUAUUUUCACUGCCUCUGACUGAAACAACUCUCACAUAUCCCAGAAACAUCCCUGCCUCACCUGCAAUGUAGCAGGGUCUAUAGACUGAGUUACAGAAUUAUACAACCUGUAGGCUGACCUGGGGUUAUAAAUCUGCUCCCAGGACUGAUCCAACAACAGCUCAAUGUAGGCAUUUCUGUCAUGGAAACGUGGUUUUUAUAGACCGUGCAAAGUGCUAAAAGACUGAAGAGAAGUCAGUUCAGUUUCUUAAAAGAAGGAUGACGAGAAGGUGAUUUAAAGAUCACAGUGGGGAUAUGAAGGAGGAAAAGCUUUCUGUGACUGUGCUACUGAUAAUACAAAACAUAAGAAUAAUGCUUCAUGUCCUUUACAUGAAUAAAGUUGAACGCAGUGCCUUCUCAUGCACCAGAGAGAUCACUUAAAGCCUGCUGAGUGAAAACAUCAGGGGUCUCAUUUAUCAAAAUGUGUCUAAAGCUCUAAAUCUGGGGGCAAGAGCUGCCUGUAGUCACAAGAAAGAGUUAAUUAAAUUAGAAUGAACAGUCUAAUUUACUUGUUUAGCUUUUUUCAACUCAUUGUUUUGGUUUUAUAGCCCACAACUUUACUGUUGUGGUUAACUCUCAGAGCUCUCAACAAAACCGUUCCCAGCAAUAAAGCUCUCAUAAACCCAUUGUAGGCUGACCUUCAGCAACAAAUGACAAAGUUAGCAACUAGCCAGUGAAGAAAAUGGAGGAUUAAGCAGCUGAAGAAACAGGACUUUAUCCUCAGCAGUUGGACAGGGCAACAGAAACAUGUGAAUGUGUAAACACGCAACUCUUAAUAUAUAGUAGCUAUAACAACUUAAUAUGGCUAUAAUGUGCCAAAUGUGUGUGAUGUUCAGCUUGUUUUGGAGUUCUGCCCCAAACUGAUUCAUGCAGCUUCAGUGGAGGACGUCUUGUGGAAAAAUAAAGCACAUCAGAGACAGCGAGGCUGAGGUUCAGAAUUACUGGUUUCAAAUGUUUGCACAUUAUCAAGCACAAGAAGAAUAUAAUAAUAUAAUAAAUCUGAUUCUCUGUGGAAAUCAGUGUUUGCACAAUUUACAUACAAAAUUGUCCGUACACACAGUUGAUAAUUGAGGCCCCAGAUUGAGCACAGAGGGCCCCGAAAGAAAUGAUGUUGUUGAGUUUCAGUAGCAUCUCCACCACAUUUUGAAAGCCAACUUCCUACUUGUAGGGAAAUAAAACAGGACUGUUACUAGAGCAGAGUGUCUCCACAGAGCAGGACGAUUGAGCUGCACAGGAUGAAGAAAACCACUGACCCUCUCACCUCCUGAUGAUGUCUCAUUCCUGCCAACCAGUAUCAUAUUUAUACAUUAUCACGUCUUUUUGUCUGUGAACUAUAUAUUUAGGAUGUUUGUUUUCUUUAGUUUUUUUAGUUGAAAGAGUAAAUGUGCCAAUGUGAAUCACCCGUGCCACACCCACACCCAUGCAUGAAGAGCACCACUUCAGAGACAGAGGAGUGAAAUCUCUCCACAGGCUCACAACAACUGGUGCUGUUUUUUACAAUUACCUACGAUGACAUUAUUUUAUUGUUGGAUGGUUUCGUUGUUUUGAAGGCACUGUGACUGGUCGGUGGCUGUGUGUGUUUGUAGAUCCUUGUUGUGUUGGACAGUGAACCUGUUGAAUCUGUAAGUGGCUGCUUGUUUCUUACCACAAGAGUAACAGCAAAAAGAAUAAAGUGAGAAAAAUAAC